AUAAGUGCAAAAACAUGAGCUAGACUGUUCCUGCAUCGUCGAAUCUUUAGGACCUAGUACAUGUUGCGAAUUAGAUGUAAAGACGCAGUCUAACAUCUUCGCAACUCAUAACUUUGUAAAAGUCGCGCAAAAGAAUUUGAACAAACUGUCUCCAAACAUUCUGUCCUGAGCUGAGCAAAUCAGUGGUUCUUCAACAGUCUGCAUGGUCAAAUGGAUAAUGGGAGGUUACAGAGCUGAUUUGAGGUUACCUGAAGGACUACAUGUAUAUGUGAUUGCUUUCGACGACAUGGCCAGUACACACAGAGAAAACAUAUUUUCACAUUAGGAAGCCCAGCAUAUUUGUUUUGAAAUGGCAAAUGUAACAUAAGAAAGUUCUUCUUGGGGUUAACAAUGGGUGCAGUAAACAGCUGCUGUAUUCCACGACGGACAUUUGAAGAAUGUCGCGAAAACCGCAUCUGUACUCCGAAGGGCAAAGGUCACCGGCGAAACUUCAGUGCGACAUUCAGUUUUCCUACCGAAGACAGCGAGAGCCAGCCGAACCUGGUGAACAUAAACACGGCCACUCAAGAGGAGCUGAUGACAUUACCCGGGAUUAACCGACCGACCGCGCAAAAUAUCAUCGAACAUCGCAGACAGAUCGGCAGUUUCAAGAAGGUCGAGGAUGUGGCGCUAGUGUCGGGUGUGGGCGCUACCAAGCUCAACAACAUUCGGUCGGAAAUUAUUGUGAGCCGAAAAAACGAAUCGAAAAGUGGCUCACCAGAGGGCAGUGUCAACAUCGAUGUUAAUAACUUGAAGGAUCACGUGACAAACAUAAACCCAGUGGUCAACAUCAACACGGCUAACGUCUUUCAGCUGAUGAAAGUAAAAGGUGUUGGACAGAAUUUAGCGGAAAAUAUUGUGACUUACCGGGACAAGAAAGGUCCGUACAAAUCCGUUGAUGAUUUAUUGAAAGUGAAAGGAAUUGGGCUGGCAGUUCUUAGUGCAAUAAAACAAGGUCUGACAUUGGAUAGCCCCCCCGCCGCGUCUAACAAUACGAGUCAUAGACACUUAAACGGUGAUGUACCGCAUAGCACUGCUACACAAGGUGGGGACUGUGGGAUUGGUAAGGGGAAGAUGCUGAGUUCGUCUGUAGAAAAUUUGUUGGAUGUUUUGGGACCCCUUGCCAAGAAAGGGCAAAGACCGGACGUGGUUCCGUUUAAUUUCAAGAGCAGGAACUGGAGAGUUUUUAGAGUGGCCACGUGGAACCUGCAGCAGUUUUCGUCGGACAAGUCGAAUAAUAUUGGUGUUCAGGAUGCAGUGUGUAUGACUAUUCUAGAAAAUGGUUUUGGUAUUUUAGCAAUUCAAGAAAUAGCAGAUGAAAAAGCAUUAGAAAAUAUUUGUGCUCAACUAAAUAACCCAACAUUGCCCAAUGUGAAAUCUUGGCCAGGCAGACGAGGGAAGUGGAAAAGUGUCAUCUCGGAAACGGCAGGGCGGAUGUACCAAAGUAUGGAAUACCAUGGUUUCUUGUACGACACAUCACAGAAUAUAAAGCUCAUCAGCUCUUCCCUGCUGGAGGCGGCCAAGUAUAACAAAAAACCUUUCGUCAGAAGACCGUUCCUAGCGGUUUUUAAGAUUAACGGCCAGUUUGACUGUGUUAUUGUUAGUGUUCAUCUGAAGGCAACUGGUCUUAACGACGAGGAUGUCAACAGAACCAAGGCAGAGGUGAUGAGAAUUCCAGCUCUGGUUGAAGCAAUCCAAGAUCAUUUUCCAGGAGAACGUGAUAUUAUUGUACUUGGCGAUUUUAACAUGAGUCCAGCAUCGGAUGAGUUUAAGCCUCUGUCUUCGAAGGGAUACAUCAACUGUAUUCCCAGCGAUGUGUGUACGAACAUCAGUGAUAGUAACCCGGAUGGAAGUCAGUCCUAUGAUAAUAUCUGGCUCAGCAAACAGACACAGAAAGUCUACACAGGUCACCAUGGUGUGGUGAGAAAGGGAUUGACCAGUCCGUGGAUCCCCAACGGGUGGACCUGGGGAGGACUGGUCAGCGACCACUGUCCGGUCUUUGUUGAACUCUAUGCUAACCAAGAUGUUGACAAUGGCGACAUUUCGAUGGGGGCUGAAGGUAUUCAGUUUAUUGUUGGGGACUCCUGAUAAGAAGUGAUUCUUAAUGUAUUUUACAUUAUAUUAAUUUUAGUGGAUGUUCCUGGUAAAAACACAUUGUAUGACAUUUUAAAUGAAUAUACUUAAUGUCUGUUUAAGUAUGAUGGAACAAAACCAACUUGGGACAGAAGGAUUUCAAUUCAUUAAUUCUUACAUUUUUAAUAAAAAGGUGUCUUUUUACACAUUAAAUAUAUUUUGUGUACAAAAUUAAUUUAAAAUAAGUCAAGUAUUUUUAUAGUGUAAUAAAUUAAACUUAUAUUUAAUUUGGUAAAUAGCUUCAUUGUACCUGUAUUAAUAAAAUUCUCAUGUUAUAUAUUGAGAUUUUUGCUUCUACCAGUGUGUGUAUGAAUGAAUUGGAUUUUUAUUUAUAAGAAUGUUUCACAAGUUGCAUUUACAUCUCACAUUUAUUAAAUAACAUGUGAGAUAAUAUGUUGUAUAAGAUAUGUUGUAUAAGAUAUGUUGUAUAAGAUAUUUCAUACACUUCACCUGGAUUUAUCCUUUCUAAAUGUCGUAUUUUUAUUCUAUACAGAGAGCUCUACAAUAAUUAAUGAUUUCUAAAACAAAACAAAUAUCCUGUUCUUUUUAUUCUAGUCUGAACUGGAAAAGAGACCUUGUACAUUUGUUUUAAUGAGUUUUCUUGCAAUGAAAAACGUUAAAAUAUUCAGCGAGUUUGAAACCAUUGUGAUCAGGGAAGGCAUGUGUGGAGGAAUUUAUAGCGGGGAAAGUCAUACUCCCCUGAGCAGUGGUAGUGGUGGAGUUGUGACCCCUGAAACGUCCCUUACAUACAUGCGUGCAGUGUAAGAGCAGUCAUUUGACUGUAAAUGGCCAGUGCGCUUUGACUUGAAUAUUGAAACGCACAAUAGCAGAUAUAUUUUUCAUGCUGGGGUGUCGUCAAAAAUUCAUUCAUUGAAUAUUAAAAACCAGUGGUAUGUGCUGUCCUAUCUAUGUCAAAGUGAAUCUAAAACAUCCUCUGCUGCUGUUUUGUUGGAGUACUCUGUGAUUGCAGUGGGUUUCUGCUUUCACUGAAGAUGAUUGACUUUAGUUUAAAAUGUGCUAGUCCUGUAGUUAGGUUCUCUUAGUUGAAGUCAUGUGAUAAGUAUUAAAUAUUAAUUCAUUCAUUCCAUGGUUUUCCUUUAUAUGUACCGGCGUCGUGGCAGGCCAUCGGUCUACAGGCUGGUAGGUACUGGGUUCGGAUCCCAGUCGAG